UCGAUAUUGGAAAACUAAAAUCUUCCCCGUUCCCCUUUACUGCUCUGGGAUUUUUCAUCGACUAUGGAAGGAGGAAGUGCGGUGCCGGAAGAGCUGCCGGAGAUCAUAACGAACAAAGACGAGAUGAGGAAAUGGUCACGGGCCAUGAGGUGCCGCGGCAACACCAUAGCCUUGGUACCCACAAUGGGUUAUCUCCAUCAGGGCCAUUUAUCCCUCGUCGAAAAAGCUCGAUCCCUAGCCGAUGUCGUCGUCGUUUCAAUCUACGUGAACCCAGGUCAAUUCUCUCCCUCCGAGGACCUCUCCACUUACCCAUCCGACUUCGACGGCGAUAUCCGGAAGCUCGGGUCGGUUUCCGGGUGCCGCCGGGUCGACGCUGUUUUCCACCCCCGCAAUCUCUACGACUACGGGAUCAUUGGCCGGAAAGGGAAAGGGGGUAUCGAAUUCGAGGGUUUACGAGAGGAAGGGGAAACAGGGUUGCCGGCGUCAGGGGUUUCGUCAUGUGUGGAAGAAAUGGGCGGCGGGCACGAAACGUGGGUGAAAGUGGAGAGAUUGGAGAGAGGGUUGUGCGGGAAGAGCCGGCCGGUGUUCUUCAGGGGAGUUGCGACGGUGGUGACCAAGCUGUUCAAUAUUGUGGACCCUGAUGUGGCUGUGUUUGGGAAGAAGGACUACCAGCAGUGGAGAAUAGUUCAGCGAAUGGUUAGAGAUCUUGAUUUUGGGAUAAGGAUAGUUGGGUCUGACAUACUGCGUGAAGAAGACGGCCUGGCAAUGAGUUCGCGCAAUGUGCGCCUCUCCCCAGAAGACAGAGAAAAGGCUCUGUCGAUAAGCAAGUCUCUCUUCCAAGCUAAAUCAUUGGCAGAGACAGGCCAGACGAAUUGCGGGGAGUUGCGGGAUUCUCUUGUGCAAGCAAUAACUGGGGCUGGAGGGAAGGUUGAUUAUGUUGAGAUAGUGGAUCAACAGAGUUUGGAGACAGUGGGGGAAGUAAAUAGCCCAGUUGUAAUCUGCAUCGCAGCAUGGUUCGGCAAUGUUAGAUUGAUAGACAACAUAGAGAUCAGCGUCUAAAGAAGAGAGACAAAUGCGUGUCCUUCAUCCUGUAUUCGCUCGUUUUGGGACUAUAGAUUUCUAUUUGCAUUUCCCUGACAAAUAGUCCCAACUCCACCUGGGAGGGAUUCAUGUUCAUGUCACCUUUCUGAUGCAUUUCCAGUUUUACGAGUACUAGUUUCAAAGAACAACCCAGACAAUCGACGGAUAACGUCCGGGAAGAUCCAGCUCCUUGGGAGCAAUUCAUGUCAAAUAAUACGACAAUUUUUUU